GCCCCGCUAGAGGGUUGUUCGCAUCCGUUUUAAAGAAUUUCAAAGUGUCCUGAGCGCGGGGUCGGUGAACGUGCUGGGAAGUGACGGGGCAGUGCCCCGCCGGCUCCUCCCGCCGCUCGGGAAUGAUUAACGGGGAGCUCUGGUGGCACCUGGGGCCGAGCGGCGUAGGAAGCACCUGGCGGGAGGCGGCUUGAGAAUAGCCCGGCCAGAAGGACAAUGCAAAUUCCCGUGUUCACGGUUGAUGCGUUUACCAACCGGCCGUUUUCCGGGAACCCUGCUGCGGUUUGUCUGCUUGAAAAUGACUUGGAUGAAAAUCUGCACCAAAAAAUUGCAACAGAAAUGAACCUUUCAGAAACUGCUUUCAUCAGAAAACUGAACCCUGGAGAUGACUUCACCAAAAGUUCCUGCUUUGGACUCAGAUGGUUCACACCAGCCAAUGAAGUUCCUCUCUGUGGUCAUGCUACACUUGCAUCAGCUGCUGUGUUGUUUCAUAUACAAAAAAACACAAAUUCAGUUCUCACAUUUGUGACUCUGAGUGGAGAAUUAAAAGCCAGGCAAGUAGAAGAUCAUAUUGUCCUGGACUUACCACUUUACAAAACCUACCCACAGGUGCUUCAGGAAGUAGAAGAGUUAAUAAAGGCAGCUGUUGGUGACAUGAUUGUUCAAGAUAUCCGUUACUCUCCUGACACCAAGAAGCUCUUGGUCCGCCUUGGUGAUGCUUAUGAAAGGUCUGUGUUGGAAAAACUGCAAGUGAGUGCACAACGCUUUUUGUCAGCUGAAAAGACAGGAAAGGUGAAAGGGCUCAUACUCACUCUUAAGGGAAAUGCCAGUGGAAAACCUGAAGGCCAUGAUUUUUACUCCAGAUAUUUUGCACCUUGGUAUGGAGUUCUUGAAGACCCUGUUACAGGAUCUGCCCAUGCUGUUUUAAGCAGCUACUGGUCGGAGCAGCUGGGGAAGAAAGAAAUGCUUGCUUUUCAAUGUUCCCGCCGUGGAGGAGAGUUGAAGAUUUCACUGCGUAAUGAUGGCAGAGUGGACAUUGCGGGGCAAUUUGCUAUUGUAUUAAAAGGAAACCUGACUUUCUGAAGAAGCUGACACUAUUUCAUCUUCCACAUUUUCAAAUUCAUAUUGUGCUGAUUAUAUCUUAGCUCUAAGUGAUCACUUUGCGUAAAAGUCUUUGAUUGCUUAUUGUCCAUUCAAAGAAAUUGCUUCAAAAUGCUCGCUUCUCAUCUUCAAGAUGCUUGCUGCUGUUUUCUUCACUUGCAUCUUGCCACUUCAUCUGUAUGCUAACAUCAGAAACUGUCCAAGGACAGCCAAUUUGUUUUUCAGCUUCCAAAUGAUUAAUGUGUUCAUUUCCAAAUUCCAUUUCUGAAGCUAUUCCUGCUUCCUGGAUUGAAUUGUAAACUUUUCUGCUUGAUAAAAUAAUCAGACUUUUUUCAUAUUCAGUCAUUUUCUGUGCAGUCUGGCUAGUCCUUUAAAAAACCCAUAAUCUUUUAUCUGCCAUGCAUUGAAAUGAUGCUCAUUAAUUUACUUGAAUUAAAAUAUGGAAAAAAAAAAAAGUUUAGAAAUGUGCUUUAUUUUUCCCUUUUAUGAGCAGUAUUUUUCAAAGAUGAAUAGCUUUACAGUGGCUCAUGGUACUGCUGCUUAGUCAAUAUUUUUAAAGUUUUAGCAGGGAGAUUUGAGAGAUUGACCCAGUGAUGCACGUAGAACUGGUUAAAAUCUGAAAUAAAACUGGGUUGGUUACAGCCAUAUAAUUUACUUUUCGAAUACUGAAGAUUUGCUCCUAAAUUAAAAGUUUCUUCUGUAAUGUUCUUCAUGAAACUCACUGCUUCAGAUUUUGUCACAUUUUCCUGUAGCUUUCUUAUCUUUCUUUGGAUUUAUUAGGAUUAUUGAGCUGUUUCAGUUACUCAAGCUAAAACUCUUUUCCUUUUAAAAUUACUUUUGCCUUAGGCUUUGCUUUAGGUCUUUUACUUUGCAGUAUUUCAGGAUGAAAUAUUUUGAACUCAAUGUCAUUUUCAUACUGUGGGAAUAGCUGGUUGUCAGGCCUUUAUUAAUGAUGAAAGACUUAGAUGUACAAAGUUCCCCUGCGUCCAUUAUUUUGUAUUUUAUCAGAACUCACAGUUUAAGUCUUACUUAAGCCUGAGUAACUGGAGGCAAGUAACAGUGUGAGAAUCCUAGGAUUUGUUUGGAAUUAAGGUUUCUAGCUCCUGCUGCUACACAGAACAUACCAAAAUGUUACUUCAAUGCACUGCAAAGCUCAGGAGAGAGGUGGCAAGCAAAAGGAGCUACCAAAUGGAAAUGCAGCUUCUUCUUCCAUAUACAGUCUUUCUGAAGUUCCUGGAGCUGAAAUACAGUUUAUAAACAGGGCAUCAGAUGCAAGACAGGGCUUUGGAGGCAACUUCAAAGCAAUGUUGCAGUGGCAUUUUUUAGCCUCUACCUUUGAUCUUGCCACAAACCAAAUUGAUCCCUUCCUGGCUAGUUACCUUCAUCUUCUUGAGGAGCACUACUGCAAGCUUGUUUUGGUUUUGUUUUUGCUGCUUUGUUACUUCCUCUUGGCUUUAUGCAGAAAGCAAAUCUGGCCCAUAAUCUGAGAUGCUUUGGAAAGAAAAACAACCCUCCUUAAGAGUAUAAAUGAACUAAAGAACCAAUUAUUGUUCACCAUCCACAUUUAACAAAUAGACAGUACAAUUAUUUUUUUUUACUCAAGGGGACUAAUCAAGAACAGAGCCCAGUAAAUUUUAAGUACACUUGCUAUGUAAAUCUCCUGACCAAACCAUUAUCUUUUCUGCUUAAUGCAUUUUUUGUAGUUCACUACUACUCAGUCUCUGUUUCUGAUCAGGAUAGAAAAAUUACCAGAGCUCAGGUGGGAGGCUAUGCAGUAAUGUAUUUGUAAUCAACAGAUUAGUUAAUCAGCCAUGAUUUAUUAAUGAUGAAUUAAUUAUCCCUGAUUGUGCAGUUCUGCUGCCUAAAUGGAGCUUUAAAGGAGUUAUUUUAUUAAUCAUCAUUGUGCUAAUUGCAGACACUUACAGAAGGAUUGCUAAUUAAACGUGCAACCAUAUGCAAAACAAGCAAGGCUGCUGAGAGUGGCAAGAAAAAGAGCCCUCAUUUUCUGAGUAGCAACUCUAUUCUCAUGAAACACUGUGUCGUUGACCUGGGGCUCCUAAUUUCUCAGUAAGAUUUUUCUUAGUACAUUGCACAUUUUCAGUCAACAGUAAAGGGAAUUAAUUGUUGGGACAAAUUCUGUCUAUCUUUACUAGUCCAAAAAAUAGGUUGUGUGAAAUUCUAACAAAACUGUUUGCGUGGCCUUGUGUCACGUUUUCAUGUGCAGGAUUUAUCUGUUGGUUUUAUGAGCUCUUUAUAGUUUAUCUAACUUGACUCUCUUAACUUUGAGCAAGAUCCUGAGUGCUAAAUUACCUUAGCACCCAAGGAAAUGUCUGAUUACACUCGAACUGAGAAUUCAGACUCAAAAUAGCAUGAGUUUCACACCAAGAAAAGGAGGAACACAGUUGGGUUCAACUAAGUUAAUUUCCAAGAGCCAAAGUCAGCACAGAAAAUGCAGGAAAGAAAUAGUGCUUAACAGGUGGAUUUCUGUGAAGAGACUACUAUUAUUUAAUUAAACAUUAGUGCUAUUUGGUCUUCAACCUAUGCAGCACAAUUUUUAGGUCCUUGUAAUGCUAAGUACAUUCUUUGGGUGCUAGAGAGUUUCAUGCAGAUGCCAUCAUCAUGGACUCUUUUUUUUAAUGCAAGUUGCUAGAUCUUCCUCAUUAAUUAAAUAAAAUCAUUUAAGAAAGAGAUUUUUUUUUAAA